AUGGCGGAGGCUGAGAAUGAUAAUUGGGAGGAGAGGGCGAAGUUGAAGACCCAAGGAUGCCGGAAGAUUCUCAAUAACCUCGAGGGGGUUAUUGAACAAUUCCGAUUCAACCCCAGAUUAACUAUUUCAGAUAAUUUAAAAGUUGGCUUUUUCACUUCAGACCACGCUACUCAGACGGAUUGCAGUGAAAUUUUGCCAUUGAAAGAUUUGACUCAAUCAACAGAAAAAUUAAUGAAGAAGAUUACAUCACUUCAGGUGGAUUUUGGCUUCCUCAAAGAUUUGGUUCAACUGAAGUUUGAGGACCGACUUAAAGAGGAGUCUUGGAAAAUCCUUGGUGUGCUUCAGGACAGGAUUUCAGAAAUGAAAAAAUAUCAACGACAGGCUGAAGAGACAAUGAGAAAAAGCUUUCAACAGCAGUUAAGUGAUGCCAUAGCUGUUAUCAGAGGAACGUACAAGAAAUUCUUCGAAAUGGAAGAAGAGAGAGCUGCCCUGCAGGAUGCUGCCAAUAUGAAAAUGGAUGCUUUAGUCAGAAAACUGAAAGAGAAAGAAGAAUUGCUUAAGGAUUUAAAGUAUGAACUACAACAAUAUGAAGAGAUUGGAUUUGGCAGGAUUGACUCUUCUUCCAAGGAGCUUAGCUCUCCAAGGACAGUCUCAGAAAAGGAUAUUACGGAAUACAAGAUGGAGAAUGAGAGGCUGCUGCAAAUGAUCUCAACACUAGAAGAAGAAGCACAAGCACACCAGAAAGAAAAUGCACUAUUAGAGGAUGAAAUUAUGUGUCUGAAAGAGAUGUCAGACCAGGAUCAGAGAACUAUUCAAAAGUUAACGGAUAGUAGAGAGAGAUUGAGAUAUGAGCUGGAUUGCGAAAAAAUAGCCAUUCAAGAUAUGGUCAAUAAACAGAAAGAAGACAUAGAAGUAAGAAGAAAGUAUGCCAGUAUAACUGCCAAGAGAACAGCCAAGGGAAGAGAGUCAACUUUCUACCCACGGCCUUCAAGUCAUCCGCCCAAGAGUUCGACACCAGGAACUGAUAUUCCACGUUUUCUAAGGCUACCUUCUGCUUCUCUCAGUGUGUCACCUAGGCUAAAAAGGAAGAUAAACAAGAAAUACUUUGGUGCUGCUAUUAUUUCCACUCCUUCUCCAAGUGACACUACUGCUACUCCUGAACCAGUGACUCCUCCUGCUGCAGUUACUGCUGAUGUCUCUUUCCGUCUUCGUACCAGUGUCACUGAGAGGCCUGACAAGGGAAAGCGCGUUAAAUUUCAACUACCUCAUAUGGUGUCUGAAGAAGUAAUACUAAACUUACAGGCGAAGAAGGAUGAAGAAAAAAGAGCUUUAGAGGAUCAAAUAAGUAUAUUAAAAUUUGAAUUGGAGAAUGAAAGGAGGAAGACGGACAGGCAUAGAAAGGAAAUUGAUCAUAUCAACAAAAACUGGGAGAGGAAAUUCAUCAUCCUCAGGAAAAGCUUUCAUGUCCUAAAGAAUGAGAUGUUCAUUAGACACACAUUUUUCCGGCAGUUUGCAAUGAUUUCUGAAACCUCCUUCAAUUACAUUAAACUCAAGCCCGUGUAUGUGCACUCCACAAUGAAGGCGUUGGAGACAUCCUCUCCGACAAAUGUUUUUCACUCACCCGUGGCGCAGCACAAGUAUGUGGAUAUACCCAGUGACCAGGAGCCCGUUACACGCGUGCCAAAAGGGCUACGAGCAAGCGUCCUUCAUUUGGAAGUGGCUCGUUUUAAAUCAUCCAGAUAUAAAGAGUUACAUGAGGAGGCCCUAGAAGAGGCAAGGUACAACGAUGCCCAGGACACCUUGGGUUGCUGGGACGCAGGCAGGGGUGAAGCAUUCCGGGUAUCACGGGAGGAGGAGAAGGGUGCCUCUCAUUAG